AAAGACUGAAGGAAGACAUAUUUGUGUUUUCAUUUUUUUCUGUAUAUUAAACAUAGUAAUGAAUUAAAAACUGUUUGAAUAAACACUCGUUGAAAGUUAAAAGGAAAACCAUGGCUGUCCCAGGUAAAAAAGCCACCAAACAAUUUUCAUCCUCAACAACUUCUAAGGGUUCUGAUGAAGAUUUCAAAGUUUACUGUCAGCCAUGUGAUCGUGAUGGACCUAGACUUCUUGCUCAUGGCUAUUGUACAAACUGUUCAGAGCAUUUGUGUGAAACAUGUUUUACAGUCCACAGGAGACACACAUUGUCAAGACACCAUACUUUACUAAACAAAACCAACAUGCCUCAGACCAUGUCGACUGUCACUCCACAACAACCAGAUACCUUCACAAAACCAUGUCCUAAACACAACGCUAAGAUGAUCAAGUUUUACUGUCAAGAUCAUAAGGCUCUCUUUUGCAGUGUUUGUGUUACAUUAAAUCAUACAGCAACAUCUUGCAAAGUCAACUAUAUACCUGAUAUUUCAGGCCAGACCAUCAAUAGCACAGAAUAUCAUCAUAUAUUAAAGGAUUUGAACGACAUGGCUGAGAGAUCAAGCAAUAUUCUUCAAGACAUGAAGCAACUGAAUGGGGUUUCAAACAAGUAUUUGAAAGAAGCAUUGACAGACAUAUGGAUAUUCCGGACAACAAUCAACCAAAGAUUAGAUGAAAUGGUAAGACAAGUCAAGAAGGCUGCAAAAGUCAUCCAAGAGUACAAUAGCAAGAACCUGAUGAAUGUAGAAACAGUAUGUGAAGAGGUAUCAAAAUCACUGAAGUCAUCUUCUGAUGCUAUUAAACAUUUCAACACAUCCAAUCAAGCCAAUGAUUUGUUCGUGGAAUUAAAACAUGCAGAACAGAUGAUAAAAGAACAUGAACAUAGUGUUUCUAAGCUCUCAGAAUUAGAAGUCAAAGAAUAUAAUUUUGUGCCAAAUGUUGCAAUAUUAAAUCUUCUUGCAAAAGAGAAGUCAUUGGGCACACUGAAAGGUAAGAUAUUAUCUCCUGCUGUGAAGUCCAGAGGAUGUUCACAAAUGGAUAAAAUCUCUAUAAAAAUAGCACGCAAUAGGUAUGAUUGCUGGAUAACAGGAAUGACUCUCCUUACUCCUGAUCUUCUUAUUAUCACAGAUUAUGCAAACAGGGCCACAAAAAUGGUUGAUAUCAGUAAGAAGUCUCUACUAGCUCAGAAAAAAUUUAAAAGUCAUCCUUUUGAUGUCACAUCAGUUUCACAAAAUGAAGUUGCUGUCACAUUGCCAUUAUAUCACAGUAUUAAGUUCUUUUCUGUCUCUAGAAAUAAUCUCAAGGAGAAACAAACUCUAUAUGUUCAUGGACAAUGUCAUGGUAUAAGCUGUCAUAAAGAUAAUAUAGUGGUGUCAUAUCUCAAUCCAGGUAAAGUUGAAAUCCUUCUUACCAAUGGCACUGUAUUACAGACAUUAGAAGAUGGCAAUAUUUUUAACAAUCCUGAAUAUAUUACAACAAGUGACACUUGUAUCUUUGUAUCUGAUUAUACAUUGAAAACAGUUACUAAGUUAAACUGGCAGUGUGAGGUGACAGGUAAAUAUGAUUGUACAGCCAGUCCACGUGGCUUGGCAAUGUCAAAUGCUGGGACUGUGUUUGUUUGUUAUUAUGACAACGAUACCAUAGAAGAGAUAUCAGGAGACUGUAGUGAAGGACAAGUUGUUGUUAAGGAUAUAAAAAACCCUCAAGCUGUUUACUUGUCUGCUGAUACAUGUACAUUGUACACUUCCAACUGGGAUAAUACAAGAGAGGAUAACUUUAUCAAACUUUUCAAAAUCUCUAAAUAAUGACAGAAAUCUUUCUCGACAAAGACAGACAAAAUAUUAACAAAUGUACAGGGUUUAAAUUUUGUAUGGUAGAUGGUACUUAUUAUAACUAUUUCAACUUUUAGGAAUUUGUAAGCUUCAAAUAGUUUUAAACAGAAUAUUAACAAGUUGUAUAAUUUUGCAAUGCGGUUAACGGAGUUA